AUGUUAAGGAAUCUCUUAGGAACAAUGAAAGGCCAUGUAGAUUAUUUGUAUGUAGUUUUGUUUAUUCUCAUUGGCCACUCUAGUGUCAGUGCCAUUGUCGUUCUUUUGCCACAAAGAUCGGAUAGGAAGAGUUUCCCUCAACCCUAUUUUGAAAGACUGGAUAGGAAGAGUUUCCCUCAAGCCUAUUUUGGUAUAGUCGUGGUAAGUCUUGUGACUUUGCAUUAUCUUGGUAUGUCUUUAGGGUUUUUCACUCUUUACUGGGAAAAAGAAAAACAACAACUUGAAAGGGAAAUUGAAAAGAAGAAGCACCAACAAACUUUAGUGAAAUCGAACAAAACUCCAAGCACCCUCCGAUUACGACCUUCCGUUCAACCUCUGAUUCGCUGCAUCUCCGCACUCAGCCGGUCACGGCCGCACCAAACCUGCUCCGAUCGACCGCUUACCAGCUACAUGUCGUCGCACACAGAACCACCACCACCAGAGGGUCGCGAUCAAGACCUCUAA